AUGAAAGGAAACGAAAGGAAAAUAUGGCUUGCUAAUAGUAUUUACACCACAGGGAAGCAAAUAAUCCUCCUCCAAGCAUCGCUUGCCCUCGUUCAAAAUCCUACGGCCUACGCCCAACCCUUAAAGCCAGAUCCGUUUGAAAGGCUGCCAUAUGACUCUGCUGCGCUCAAGGGUCUCGAAGUCUUGUCUCAGAACACGAGGUCUCAAUUGACACGGAAGAAGGAAAUGUCCGCUUUAGCUAGACAUUACGGCGUAAAUGAGGUUAUGAGAUGGGUACCAAGAAUGCAACACGACCUGACUGAAUCUGGAGUUGACACGAUAUACACCCAUGCCAUGUACGCAAUCAUUGGAGCCAUUGCACUCGAACACGGAAGUAAAGUUGCAAACGAGAUCGUCCGCGAUAGAAUCCUGAAGCCCUUGGGUUUCCAAAUCGGCGGAAACGCUUGA